GUUCAGCGAAAUUCAAGUUAUACAAUAAUUGAAAAAGUGAUAUGGAAGAACAUUCGCAUAUCAUCUGACCACAGACAACUUUCUUUAGUGAUGACAAUUAAUUCAACUGUUUUUGACAAUGAUAAUAUUGCAGAAGAUGAAUCAAAUGAUGAUGAACAAAAUUAA